CACCAAUCACUAAUAUAAGUUUCAAAAAUGCAACCAAAUAUAAAAAACCCUCUUUAAAAGAAAAAAAAAAUCUGAAAUUUUUUUUGAUAGAAAAUAUUUUCCUCUAAAGCAAGCGUAAAACUCACCCUAACUCAACUUUUGUUAAAAUUUGUAAGUCUCAUAAUAAAUUAUUUUUUAAAAAAAAACAAACUGCAUUAAAUUGACAUUGUGGCAACAUGGAAGCAGAGGAUUUGGACAGGUAAUGAAAUCAGGGGAAUCCAAAACUUCUUUCCAUUUUCUACCCAUUAUUUUAUAAUUGUCUCUUUCCAAAUCUGUCCUUUUCAGUUUGUGACCUUCCCACUUCAUUCCUUGCUCUCCAAGUCCUAAUACUCUUUACCCCUCCCCCUCCCCUUUCUCUCUCUGUAUAUAUGCACUAUACUUUUAUAUCUAUACUCCUAUCCUAUCUAUCUAUCUAUGGUAUGAACACUUUUGUCACAAUUUUUCUCAUUUCUAAACUGUCCUUCUAUAACUGUAAUUGUCAAAUUCAAACAAACCUAUGAAUUCUUUUAAUAUUUUAUAUAUAUGGGAAAACAUCUAACCUAAUACUGAAGGCAAACUUAAUACCAGUGUGAAUGCACUUACAUAUCUAUAAGAAGCUUACUAAUAUUGGUUGAUUUUGGCCUUUAAAGCAGGUUUGAUGUCAUAUUGGUGAUAGACUCAGAUAACACACAAUCAAUCAGUAAAGAAACACAGAUGGGUCAUCAAAAUCACCAUUAUCCUCUGUUCCUGCUUUUUUUCUUGUUUUCACAGAACUCUCAUUCUCAUUCAUGGAGUUGGUUCUCUUCCUCUAAAGAGAUUCUUACCGAGAACCCUUCAGAGAAUGGAGCAAUUUUCAAUGACGUGGUCGGCGACUUCUCCAUGGAAAGUCUGAACAACCGAAAGGGAAUCCAACUAGUUGAGAAUGCUAGAAAAAAGAUGGUUGCAUCAAAUUCGUGUUGGCAAAAUGCUUACCAGAAUCUUUUUGCUGGAUGUUCAGAGAUCCUAGCAGGUGAAGAGAAGCGGUCUAGACUCGCUUGGCAUCUCAGUGAUUGCUUCCAGAAAGACUCUGGCAGGCCUCCUUUUCCUCAUUGCAAUGCAAAAUCUAGCAUGCUGAAAUGCCUCACAAAAUUGCACAAGAAUGCGUGGAAGAUCUAUAUGAAGUUUUAUCUUGAAACCAACUCCAUCUGCCAUCAAUCACAGACUGAUGCAUUCAAGCGUCAAACAGAGAGAUUGGUGAAUGAAUUAAAAAAUUCAGCACAAUUUGCAGAAGACAAAUUAGAGACCAUAGAAGAGAAAGCAGAGGGUCUGUUGCAGAAUUCGCACCUUAUACAUGAUUCUUUGGCUUCGAUUGAUGUUCAAACCCAACAAGUGGCGAAACUGACACAGAAUGUUGAAGAUCAAGUUAGCCUCGUGUUAAGGGAUACAGAAGCAGUUUAUGAGCAAUCCAAGGAAAUUGCAGCUUCUCAAUCAGAACUACAAGAAAAACAAGCGACGAUGAAGGACAAGUUAGAAGAAUCAAUGGCAAAGCUGCACAACUCUUCCAAUAAAGUUGGCGAAGAAAUAAGUAACUUGAAGAAUCAAGCUAUUGAAAUUGAGGAGGAGAUCAGUAAAGUUGGAAAUGCAAUGUCUUCAAAAAUGAACACUCUCCAACAAAGAGUCGAUGAUAUUGGUAAUAUGGCUGGGAUUUCGUUGGAGAAGCAAAACAAGUUCUAG